UCGGGGCAGAAUCGGAAAACUUGGAUUUUUCCUUUCCAGCGAACAUGAACGUGAUACAGUCCAACAUUUCCACGACCAUUAGGAGCUUCAACAUAUCGGACGAUAUCCGAAUCGAGGUAAAAAAGUUCCGUACCGAUGCCAGUAUCGAUGAGGUUGACAUCGAGGACGAUGAGGACGAUAUUUCGGUCAUACAGAAGAUCACCAGAACGUUCGCUGACCCCCACAGUACUACGAUUGAUUCGGCAACCUUGCGAUCCAUCAUUGCUCGGUUGGAGGAGAUCGAGAAGAAGCUGGAAAACGUUGUGCAAAUGAACAAACGAGCGGAAGCCCUGGAAUCACAAGCUGCAAAGCAAACAAACGGAGGUUCCGGCAAUGGUGUUCCCUCGUCCAGUAGUGCCCCUGUCGGUAGCUCGGUGGACGAGGCACUGGAGCUUAAGCUAGAGCUAGAUUGCGACAGUGAGCUGAUCGGCGAGUUCAUAGGCGAUCAGGAUGAGUUCAAGCUGGUCGAAUUCCCCAUCAACCGGAUCGAGGAUCUCAAAGAGCUAGAAGAAUCGGUCAUUGCCGAUCAGGAGUCGUUAAUGUCGUUUAUCAACUUUAUCAAUGCCACGGUCUUGAAGCAUAAUCGCAACCUGGAACUCGUGCUAAAAGACUUUCUCACCGAAUCGCUCAUAGUUGAACUGGGGUACAGCACGGUCAAGGAAUCGAUGCUUUCGUUCUACAUCUUCAACCAACUGCUAUACGAUAUCUGGAAGAAUGAAUAUUCCACCAUCAAUGACUAUAACAACAAGCUGAAGAACAUUGUUUCCAAAACGCAAAACCGAAUGCGAUCGAAUAAGAACAAAAAGUAAAUAUUUUCUCACUUCAAGCACUUGGAGCAACAGAACAGAACAACGGAAGGAAAACAAAUUAAAUAUAUCUAGAAUUAACCUGGUUA